UCGUCCCAAGAAAUGUGCAUAUCUCCCUUCGAUUCGAGCUCAACAUUAGAACAAGCAAAACCUGAAAACCCAAACUAUCGAAUGGAGACUCAACAUCGCGAAAAAUCUAUAUCAAACCAAUCGAAACACGGUCCUGCUGUCGACAUAUUGAACGUUAGAUUCAGCUUCAAUGAGAAGUUGAUGCGAACGGAAGCUGAACCUCGCGAUUUCAUUUAUGUUUACGACUAUANNGUUCGGACAUGGAUUAUAUUCCAAAGACUUGUUCAUUGCACCACUGAAACAGAAGCGACAGGAGAUCAACAGAUUGAUCAAGCACCUAUACCGUACUCAAUGCGCAGUAUUCCUAUCAAAACAGGCACAGGAGGUUUUGGUGGUGGGCACACUGUUGUUGCCAGGGUGCAUGUCAAUAUGGCAUUGAGGGUGCAACGAUGGCUUGGUAUGCAGAAACGGCUGUAUAUCGUGGAUGCAAUAAAGGGAUGA